AUGGCCAGCAGACAGGCAAACAAACAGGCCAUUACCCUCAAGGGAUCCUGCAAACUCGUCACCGAGUUCUUCAACUAUGCAGCUUCAAGGAUCCUUUUCCAACGAGAAGUAUACCCUUCGGAUGACUUUCAUAUGGUCAAGAAGUAUGGUCAGACGGUGCUCGUAACCCAAGACUUGGCCCUGCAGAAUUACCUCGAAAAGAUCUUAAAGCAAGUGGAGAAGUGGUUACUGACCGGUCAGAUCACGCAACUCGUGCUCGCCAUUAUCUCGAAAGAUUCCAGGACACCCCUGGAACGAUGGGUAUUCGAUGUGAAAUUGGUUGAGCCACCAGCUGGAAGCGCAGGAAAACCCCAACCACCCAAACCUGAGGCGGAAAUCCAAUCAGAAAUUCGUGCGAUUUUGAAGCAAAUCAUCUCGAUGGUUACAUACCUACCAGUUAUACAAGAGCCGACGGUGUUCAACAUCCUUGCGUAUACGUCAGAGUCGGCGGAUGUGCCUGCAGGGGAGUGGGUGGACACGGACCCCCUUGCGAUCGAGGCUGGCAAGAGCCAACAGGUGAAGAUGCGAAGCUUUAGCACGGAUAUUCACCGCAUUGAGGCGAUGGUUGCUUAUCGUUACGAGGAGUAG